GCAGCAGGAGGAGAAGCAGAAGCAGCAGCGGAGGGCUUCAUCUGGUUUGUUUGCAGCGAGAGAGGCGGUGAACUACAGGAGUUGUCUCGGCUCUUCAGUGUCCAGUCUGACGGCCCGCCUGCGCCCUCUGAGAGGAACAGCUGCUGUAAUUGGUUUCUCAAUGAAGGAUCAUCGGCUGCUCCCCGGAGGCUUGGUGGACUGUAGGGUAUAGCGCUGCUCCGUCGCCGGCUCUAAACGCAUCGCUUUGCUCGUUUUUUUUCCCCCCCUUCUUCUUCUGAAAUAAACAAGUGGGGGACUCUACAGGAGCAUCAUCGCCCCGUCUGCGCGCAUCUAAAAAAAAGGGGGCAUCUGCGUUUCUGCGUGCCGGGAGUUGAACGCCAAAUCGCCGCCGGAGAGAAUCGACAGCGGAAAGUUGAACGCAGAUUUCAACAUGAGUGACCUGGAGGACGACUUCGCCAAGAUCCUGCUGCUAAAGGAGGAGAGGAUACGGGACUUGGAGAGGCGGCUCGCGGACCGAGAAGACGAGAUCCAAGAGCUGAAGAGGAAAUUGCACAAAUGUCAGUCUGUUUUGCCCAGCGCUCAACUUAUUGGACCCAGGACCCGCAGGGCGCAGGGCAUCUCCGCGGAACCUCAAACGCACCAGGACCUGUCAAGGCAGACGUUUCGGAGAUACGCGAAGUCCGACUGGUCCAAGGAUCUGAUCAAAGAGGCCAUCUUGGACAAUGACUUCAUGAAGAACCUGGAGCUGUCGCAGAUCCAAGAGAUCGUGGACUGCAUGUAUCCCGUGGAGUAUGGAAAGGACAGCUGUAUCAUUAAGGAGGGCGACGUGGGAUCGCUGGUCUACGUCAUGGAAGACGGGAAGGUGGAGGUGACGAAGGAGAGCCUGAAGCUGUGCACCAUGGGGCCGGGGAAGGUGUUCGGAGAGCUGGCUAUUCUCUACAACUGCACCAGGACGGCAACUGUCAAGACUCUAACCAAUGUGAAGCUGUGGGCCAUUGACCGACAGUGUUUUCAGACGAUCAUGAUGAGGACGGGUCUCAUCAAGCACACAGAGUACAUGGAGUUUCUGAAAAGCGUUCCCACAUUCCACGGCCUGCAGGAAGAUAUUCUGAGCAAGCUCGCUGAUGUCCUUGAGGAGACACAUUACGAAGAUGGAGAGUACAUCAUCAGACAGGGGGCCAGAGGAGACACCUUCUUCAUCAUCAGUAAGGGAAAGGUUAAUGUGACUAGGGAAGACGUACCCAAUGGAGAGCCGGUCUACCUCCGCAGCCUCGGAAAAGGAGACUGGUUUGGAGAGAAAGCACUUCAGGGGGAGGACAUCAGGACAGCCAACGUCAUUGCAGCAGAGGCAGUCACCUGUCUAGUCAUCGAUCGAGAUUCAUUCAAGCACCUGAUUGGAGGCUUGGAGGAUGUUUCCAGUAAAGGUCAUGAGGACGCUGACGCCAAAGCCAAGUAUGAAGCAGAGAAUGCGUUUUUCUUCAAUCUCAACCUAGCAGACUUCAACAUCAUCGACACACUGGGGGUUGGUGGCUUUGGGCGGGUUGAGCUGGUUCAGCUCAAGAGUGACGAGAACAAAACCUUCGCCAUGAAGAUCCUUAAGAAGCGACACAUUGUUGACACGAGGCAGCAGGAGCACAUUCGCUCGGAGAAACUCAUCAUGCAGGAGGCCCACUCUGACUUCAUUGUUAGACUCUACAGAACCUUCAAAGACAGCAAGUACCUCUACAUGUUGAUGGAAGCGUGUUUAGGAGGAGAGCUCUGGACCAUCCUGCGAGACAGGGGUUCAUUCGAGGACUCAACCACCAGGUUUUACACAGCCUGCGUGGUGGAGGCUUUUGCUUACCUGCAUUCCAAAGGUAUCAUCUACAGAGACCUUAAACCAGAGAACCUUAUAUUGGACCACAGGGGUUAUGCCAAACUGGUGGACUUUGGCUUUGCCAAGAAGAUCGGGUUUGGGAAGAAGACGUGGACCUUCUGUGGGACGCCAGAGUAUGUAGCACCAGAGAUCAUUCUGAACAAGGGUCACGACAUCUCAGCCGACUACUGGUCUCUAGGAAUCCUCAUGUUUGAGCUCUUAACCGGCAGUCCUCCAUUCUCUGGCCCCGAUCCCAUGAAAACCUACAACAUCAUCCUGAGAGGCAUUGACAUGAUUGAAUUUCCAAAGAAAAUUACCAAAAAUGCUGCCAACCUAAUCAAAAAGCUAUGCAGGGAUAAUCCUUCUGAAAGACUGGGAAACUUGAAAAACGGUGUCAAAGACAUCCAAAAGCACAAAUGGUUUGAGGGCUUUAACUGGGAGGGCUUGAAGAAAGGGACAUUGACGCCUCCUAUUAUCCCUAAUGUCACAUCGGCAGUCGACACGAGUAACUUCGACAGCUUCCCAGAGGACAACGAGGACCCGCCUCCAGAUGACAACUCCGGCUGGGACGUCGAUUUUUGAAGUCCUCCCGCACCCUCAAAAAACCAAAAGAAACUCUUCUUUGGUCGGCUUCCGGAGGUCGUCUUGGAGGACAUGGCUGCGUUGUACAAAAAAAAAAAAAAAAAAAAAAAAAAAAAAACUGCUUUAGAAAUGAAAGAGAAAAUAUGGAAAAGAAGAUAUGCGGAUGGAUGGCAAACCCUCUGGGUCACCGAUAUGCCUUUAUUUCACUGUGGCUCUGGAUCAAGCAUUUAUAAUGGGACUGCUGUAGCACUUCUUUGGGGUUGUCUUACACUUGGGUCUAAAGGGAAAGGCAAAGAAAGUGCAGGGAUACACACACAAUACAAUACAGGCUGAACGUGGAGCCAGGUUUUCCUGUGUAAAAAGGGGAAACGUGUUUAGUGUGAAUGUUUGAUAGCUUGCCAAGUUUAGGAUACAUAAGUGUGUGAAAGUGUGGGAGACUGCUCAUAAAGAGAGGAGACCGAUGACUGAUUUUUACGUAGUUUCUCCGCAAUAUUUGGUUGAUUCUUUGGAAGGGGAUUAGAUGUUAUUGCAGUCGCCCCCCUCACCCCCCUCCUCUUUUUUUUUUUUUUUUUUUUUUACAUGCAGCCGCUUGCUGCAAUCUGCGAUACUUUCCAGAGAGCUACACCCUACAGUUUGCAAAUAAAACUGGCAUCAAGUGCUCAAGACUAACCUGAAUGUCACAGACUUUCCACUCACUUUACAUACAUAUGACAUCCACUACGAGCGGUACAUGGUGUCUCAAAUUACAUGGUCACACAGGGGCUGGGCUACAAAUUGAAUUCUUCAGUACAAUUUAUUUAAGAUUAAUCUACCUUGAAAAGCACAAACACUGUGCAUUCAGUGGAAAGAGACUAUUAAAGUGCCCUGCUUAAAAUGUAGUGACUCACACACACCGGCACACGUGAAAUGUCAGCUAGUAUUUCCAUGAAGCAAUGUGUCAUUAUGCACUUAAGACCAUUAACUGAGAAAAUCAGCAGUUAAAGCUCAUUUUAGGCCUCAGCAGAAGUCACACUCCUGAUUUUUUGUUGUUGUUCUUUAAUUUGAAUCAUUCUUUCUUGGUUUGUGUUUUUUUUAGAAAAUGGCCCGUACCGCCCUUUUUCCGUUCAACCCAAACCGGACGUCCUCUGUUCGCUCCUGUAUAGUUCUGACGUUACUGUGAACAUGGAUUCAAUGUCUUUGGUGCUGUUGAUAAAUUAUGAUAAUAAGCGACGUUGAGAUGACAGUACUGGUUAUUGUUUUCGUAUUGUGAUUUAUUUUUAUUUGACUUUUUGUGCUUGAUUUCUUUGUAAAGUACUUGAUGUCAUUCUUUAGAAAAUUGGAGGUUUGUGUACGUUUGUAAAAAGAUUUGUUUGGUAUCACUUGACGCCAUGUCGAAUUGUGAAAGGUGGUAUCCUCGAGGUCUUCAAUCUAUUUUGUUAAGUUAUCUUAAAGACUACCUUGACUUAUGGAAACUUUGAGACGUCUCUUUGGGGGUCAGCAGUGAACGCUCACAGUCUCUUGACCAUCGCCCAGCUCAUCGCCAAGUCACGACAUAAAAUCUAAAGGAAUGUAAGUGCCUUAAGUCAAUGGCAUACUAAAAUUAACAUCACAAGAACCUUUUCGAUGCUGCAUGAACACAUAUACACCUCAAAAAAAAAAAAAAAAAACCUGUGUCCUCUUAGAUGGCUGCUUUUCAUCCUUUGUUAUAUCUAAUAAACACAUUAAUCACCACGGAAGGAGGAUUUCUAGUCAUUUGACGACUGACAAAAGUAUAUAUGAAAUAAAUUUCCUGCUUACGCCUUUUGAAUUAUCUCACGGUAAAGCCACACCUGAUACGGCUGCAAUGACGUGCUCUUCUCUACAUAUCUGAAGCGGCCUUUAGAAGUCAGCCGCCGCUGGCCUGAUGUAAAACACCAGUGAGCGUUAAUCACAGCUCAGAAGAACCAUUCAUCACCCGUUUGACUCAAGCGUAUAGAGAUGGCAAGAAUGAUUUGCAGUUUGGGAACAUUUCGAAAACAUGAAAACAAUAAUCUUGUUUACCACUGUUGACAAUCUUUAAUGGUACGAUAGCAUAAAUCAGAAUAUGUCAUGGUUCUUGUUUUAUUGUUUGGUUCAAAUGAAGACAGACAGCUCAUAUUUUCAGCCCGGGAAGUCCAGCAGACUGACACAUUUAAAUGAUUUGUUAAAGAAGAGCAGAAAACAAUAAUAAUAAUAAAAAUAAUAAAAAUCUUACUUCUGUAGAUAUACCUACAAGUAUCUUGCUCUGUUAUAGGAAGUUAUGUUUAUCACAAAGCCUUAUGUGUGUCAUCACUUUCCAAAUCACUGGUUUUGAUUUUUUUUUUUUUUUUAUUGACUGCCUUCUGCAAAGUUAACUGAUAUUUGCCCUGUGUUCUGUUGUUUUUCUGCUGUAAAUGCAUUCUGCAGAGUGCCACGUGUAAGAUUUUUAAAAUUAUAGAGUAAAAACAAUACUUUUGA